AUGAUUGAAAAAUGUACAUCGCCAUGUUCUUUGAGAAAACGAGCGAGAGAAAAACAAAUUUUACGUCACAUGAUGAAACAACAACAACAACAACAAAAAACAUUCACAAAGUACGAAAAUGUGAAAAGUGGGUGGAUGGAUGGUUGGUUGGAUUGUAAACGUUUAAAUUCAAAAGAACUAACGCCUUUUGGUGUGUGUGUUUACCAAAUGAUUUAUUAA